GCUCAUCACAACAAACGAUUGACAUUCAAAGUGGAGUGCAAGUGCAGGAAGGGGGAAGUAAACCCUGGCGAUGCUUGCAACUCAUUCAGUCGAAAACUCGAAAGUUGUGUUUGACAAGAACGUGUAGCAGGUUCUGGCGAUGUGUGUAAAAAUAUGUAAUUUGCUCGUAGUUAAUAAACAUUCCAGAAUGCUGCUUAGAAGUAAAACGAGGACUUUUGCUGUCGAUUCAGAGCAAAAGUCAGUUGACCACAGGACACAGACAGCGACUAGACGGACCAGGGCAACUGGGAGACGGCGAUUGACAAGAAAAAAGGUAACUAAAGGCCAUGGAGAGCACAAUGGAGGUCAGGAGCAGAAGGAUGUGGAUGGUGGUAUUCCUGAAUUUCACCAAGCAGCUCAUGAAACUGAUGGCACAAACAGUGACACUGAAGCAGAGCUCCUCAGAAACAUGGCCAGCAUGAAAGUUUCUGAGGAGGGACCUUCGCAGUUUCUUGGAACUGGCUUCAUCUAUGAUGAACUAAUGACUAAACACAAAUGUGAGUGGGAUGAAAACUACCAGGAGUGCCCAGAACGACUUCUUCAGCCAUUUGCAAGAUGUGAAGAACUAGGUUUGGUUGAACGGUGUGUUAGAAUUCCAAUAACGUAUGCAACUGAAGACCAGAUUCUUUGGCAACAUUCUAGCAGUGCUUUGGAGAUCAUGAAAACAACACCUACAAUGACACCAAAAGAGCGAGAAGACCUUGCUAAGAACUAUGACGCUUGGUUCAGCUCCAGUGCAACAUUUGAGUGCAGCAUGGCAGCCGCAGGCAGCAGCAUUGACCUUGUGGAUCACAUCCUGAAAAAGAAGGUAACAAAUGGAUUUGCAAUGAUCAGGCCACCAGGUCAUCAUGCAAUGCAUGAUGAAUACUGCGGGUAUUGCACAUUCAACAAUGUGGCUAUUGCUGCAACACAUGCCUUGAAUUCUGGAAUUGAAAGAAUCCUGAUUGUUGAUUGGGAUGUACACCAUGGACAAGCAACACAGUAUAUGUUUUAUGAUGAUCCAAGAGUUAUCUACUUUUCCAUCCACCGCUCUGAGUAUGGAACCUUUUGGCCAUAUCUACGUGAAUGUGAUUAUGACUUCAUUGGAGAAGGCCCCGGGAAGGGUUACAACAUCAAUGUACCACUGAAUAAGAUUGAAAUGGGGGACGCAGACUAUGUUGCCAUCUUCCAGAACCUGUUGUUGCCCAUUGCCUAUGAGUUUUCUCCCCAACUUGUCAUCAUUUCUUCUGGAUAUGAUGCAGCCAUUGGAUGUCCAGAGGGGCAUAUGUUGGUGACACCUGCUGCUUAUGCACACUUUAUCCACAUGCUGUCUGCUCUGUGCGAGGGCCGUGUCUGCACUGUACUCGAGGGUGGUUAUUGCAUUCAGUCACUUGCUGAGGGCUGUGCCUUGACAGUGCGGAGUCUUCUAGGGGAUCCGUGUCCUUUGUUACCUCCUCUGGGAGAGCCCAGCGACAGUAUCAUCACCACCAUACUCAAUGUCAUCAAAGUCCUGAGGCCAUACUGGAAAUGCCUUCAAGCAUCUCAGUUGCUUGGACCAGGAGAGCUGUGUCCUUUUGAGGAAGUAAACUCUAAUCCUCCCAGAGAAGGAGUAAAGUUUUACACACCAGAAACUCGACCUAAAGAAUAUCCAAUUACUGGAUUCUAUCACGUGCAGACCCCAGAAGUCUUCGAAGGAUUUAAGCAGAAAAUAAAUCAUCUCAUUAGAGAGACAUCUCUUGCCAAAGCUCCUCACAAAGUGUGUUUCAUCUUUGAUGCUGACAUGAGAAAGCACUCAAAUACUGUUGACAGCACCCAUCCAGAGCAGCCCAACCGAAUUUCCAGUAUUUUUGAUAAGCAUAAUGAAUGGGGCCUGCUGAAACGGUGCUUACAGUUGGAGUCUCGCCUGGCAACUGAUGAAGAAAUUCUAGCUGUACACAGCAAGGAGUACCUGGAGGACAUAGUAGCUACUGAGUCCAUGGAGGACGAAGAGUUGUCUUCCAGGCCAUUAGAUAAGAAUUACAACUCCAUCUACAUCUCCCAGGAUACCAGCAAAUGUGCUCGGCUGGCUGUAGGCAGUGCACUGCAAGUGGUGGAAUGUGUCCUGUCUGGUCAGGCACAGAGCGGUGUUGCAGUUGUGAGGCCACCAGGACAUCAUGCUGAGCAUGACAAGGCUAUGGGCUUCUGUUUCUUUAACAAUGUUGCCAUUGCUGCUGUAUAUGCAAAGAAGAAAUUUGGACUCAACAGAAUUCUUAUUGUUGACUGGGACGUUCACCAUGGAAACGGCACUCAGAACUCCUUUUAUGAUGACAGAAGUGUACUUUACCUGUCACUGCAUCGUUACGAGAAUGCACGUUAUUUCCCAGACAAAGAGGAUGCGGACUACUUAUUUGUUGGAGGGAAGAAUGCAGAAGGCUACAAUGUCAACAUUCCUUGGAGUCAGGAGAGAAUGGGCAAUGGUGAUUACAUGGCUGCAUUCCAGCGGAUUGUGAUGCCCAUAGCCUACCAGUUUGCACCUGAGCUUAUUCUUGUGUCUGCUGGGUUUGAUGCUGCACAUGGAGACCCGCUGGGUGGGUACCAUGUCAUGCCUGAGUGCUAUGGACAGAUGACCCAUAUGCUGAAAGGACUGGCCAAUGGCAGGAUCAUUCUUGUUUUAGAGGGUGGCUACAAUCUUGAAGCUACAGCUGAAUCCAUGGCAACAUGCACAUCUGUGUUGCUAGGAGAUCCGUGUCCACCAUUAGAAUUUGAGGAACCCAGCAGCAGUGCCUUAAAGACCAUACAGCAAGUGGUGGAGACACACAAAAAAAUACUGGACAGCCUUGAAGGCAGCAGUGAAGAUUCCGGACGUGCCGCCAUCUUCUGUCCCCUUCGGAGACAACUGCCAGCCAGGAAGUGUCGCCACCUACAGCCCCGCAAUGCUACAUUCAGUGAAACAAAGACUUUGCUGCUUUGACAAGGUUUUUAUUUAUUUUUUGUCAGACCACAAACCAAGUAGAACACGCAUUUAUACAUUUCACACUUGUAGUCGGUAUCACAGACAAUCAUGAAAGUUCACAAGGACUACUUCGUGACAAUGUCGGUGCCUUCCGCUUCGGGGACUAGAGACAAGCUCUUGGACAGUUUCCGAUGGCGCUUGAGUUCUGGAAUAACUAGAUGUUUAUCAGUUGUAACUACAGCCGAUGGUACUCAUGGGGUUGAUGGGGGAGCACUUGCACUUACAAUGGUGGAGGCUUGUUGAGAGCAGACUGACCUGUGCUCACGUGACCAAUGGCUGCUGCUGCAUCUCGACAUCACAGCUCCGGUCUCUAGUGCGUGUACCAGGCGGAAGAGAAUUGUCAAUCAGCAUCCCUCAUUGCUGGUUUCCCCAAAAUAUGACAAUCCAUCCACCGUAUGUAAAUGUUGCAGCUGAACAGCUUAUCCUACGUUUUCAGAAGAUUCCCUUCCUCUAUGAAAUAAGUAAAUCAGUCCUUCCCGCCAUUUUUCUUGGUCACUUGUGUGUGACAGCGGGGUGUAACUGGUCUGACUGCUACAUAUCUACAUACUCUGGAUGCUGCUGCAGUUUGGAUGGUGACCUGAGACCAAGACUUGCACAGAAUGGUGUCCAUUCGAUCGUCAUCACAAGACUUCGGUCAUCUGAGGCAUCAUUCACCACCUCACAGAAAGCACUGCUGUACUCACCCCAUAUACUACAUCUUGCAACAACCUGUAUAGCUUCUACCUCGGCUAUAGACGCUAACAUUAUUCAAAGCAACCGGUGGCAAAACCACAGAACAAGAAGCCUAAUCAGCCACAUUCAAAACUGUUGUAAUCCAGAAUCACAUCAACACCUGCAGCUCAGGUGGCUUGAGACCAGGUAGGAGCGCAGUUGAACAGAUCUUUAGCUUUCACAUUCUGAGAGAAAGAAAACCCAUGAACAUCAAGAGCAACAGCGGGGUCUCUUUCACCACUUCAGUUUCUUCAUUUGACAGUCUGGCACCGAGGGCUGUGCUUGUAGUGCCAAGACAUAUCAUCAAAGAUGGCGUCUUUCAAGUCCUAAAGGCUUGAUAAGCAUGGUACUACUGGAGAACCUAAUAGAAGCUUUCCUUCACAAACGGUGGACAUCUGUCUAUCACUAUCGUCUUCCCCAGGGCUGCACUGUUCAACAUCAUUGCGAGAAACCCUUCGCAACCAUCAAACCUCCAUUUUUCAUCGGCAGAAAGCACCGCAGACUUUGCAGGCGGCACCAAACCAGCGAACUGCAAGACCUUCACCGACAGAGUGACAAACAGUCUGACCGCACGUGGAAUGGAGACAGCACCGAGGAAAGCAAAGUCACGGUUAACAACAAUGAUAAAGGAGAGAUCUUCACGAACAGAGUACAGGUGGAGGAGGUGAACAGCUUUAAGGACACAGAAGCCACCAUUCCCAAAGAUGACAGCUCCGUGGCAGAGGUCCCCAUCAGGAUCGGGACAGCGACAUCAGGAGCAUCCAGCCUGCAUUGGUACAGCAGUAGCAGCAGCUUUGCUAGCAAAUACAGACUGAGCCAGUCCCUUGUAUAGGACGGGAGACUCUCGACUUGGAAACCAUGUGCCCUAGGAGGCUGCCCGGACCUCGUACAGGGACUUUCACAGAGUAUGAGCUGAGUUAUGUCAACCACUGUGUCCGUCCACCCACCCCACCCAAUGCCUGGACGACCAGAGCCGUUGGACCAACAUGACCGCUAAUUAAAUGCCAGCAAUCAUGGAAUGAAUGAGCAGAGAGCGGGCUGACAUCUGAUGAUUGAUGACAUUGGACCAAGACAAGCACUUUCUGGCAACGUGUGUCUGGACACAGCAACAAUAUUCCUCUGGUGACCGUUGGCACCUCGUGAUGGUAACUUGUCGGCCUUCUAUUCCCCAUUCCAGUUUUAUUUUCUUUUACUUGCGGGGGGAGCGGGAGGGGGAAGGUAUCUGCGUACCUUGUGAAAAGCGAACUUGCCGUUGAUAGCCACGCUGACUGGUGAAGACAUGUGAUGUUUCUUACAAUGAUGUAAUAAAAACCGUUACACGCACAAA